AUGUACAAUGAUUUGGAUAAAAGUAUCGACUAUGGUUGUAUAUUUACAGUUGGUUGUUUAGAUGAAUGCAACAAUUGUCCAAUUUGUAAAUUAAGUAAAGAACAAUUAAUUGAUGUUUUAUCUGGUAGUGAACGAUCAUCUGAGAAUGAAUGUUCUAUUUUGGUGAAUUGUGCAACAAAAUGCAUUCAACAAACAAAUUUUAAUUUUAUUAAAACUAAUUACUGCUUACGACAUCAAUGUGCUUAUCAUUGUUUUGAUGGUUCAUGUCCAACAUGUAGUGCUUUUGUCACACGAAUUUUUAAUCAAAUUUGCAUAAAGGGUAAUUUACGAAAAAGGAUUAAUUUUAAGGGUCAAUGCUAUGAAAUGUUUCGUGAAAUAGUUUAUCAAAAAUUUGAAAAGAAAUUUAAGGAAGCAGAUCGAAGACCAGCUAUUGAUAUAAAAACUAAUUUAUUAUGGUCCAAUUGA